GGGAGGAUCCACAAUGGCCCUGGACACUCAGUAUAUGGGGGAGGAGGGUGUAUGAUGUGCACCAUCUUAUUGGGGAGUGUAAUCCUGGGGAACAGGAGUGAGGGACAAGGGGAGUGACCUGGUGAAAGAGGGAGGGCCAGUUUAAAGACUUGAAGGUGCAUUGUUGAGUUGGUCCCCACAAAAGGCAACUGAGUGCUCAGCCCCAAAGGACUGUCUUCUGAGAACCUGAAUCAAGGCGUCUCAGGGAAGUCCUCCCAGGACCAGAAAGAAGGAGGCGUUUGUCCACCAGCUCCUAUCUCCCGCUGGCCAGGCUCCACUGGUGGGUGCACGGUGUGGCCUGUGAGUGUUUCCACCAGGAGAGCAUCAGAAAGAGGAGACACACUGAAGAGAAUGUGUUUUCUCAUGGAAACCCAUUUUCUUUUUGCCCUAUGAGGUGUCCCCCCUCCCUCCCAACACACUUCUGUGUUGCUUCUACGUGGGAGAUGAGGGGCUCCUGCUGUAUCUGGAUCCGGAUCCUUUUUUGUGAAGAGAUUCUUCUAGUUUCUUCUCGCUCAUUUUUUUUUCUAUUGGGUUGUCUGUCUUUUUUGUUACUGAGUUUUAGGAGUUCUUUACAUAUUUUGGAUAAAAAUAUUUUCUGUUACUCAUGUUACCACUAUUUUUUUUCCUGCUCUGUGGCUCUCCCUGACCUAAUAAUAUAUAUAUAUAUAUUUUUAAGGAAUAUAAAUUCUUAAUUUUAGCAUAAUUGAAAUGAUCAAUUUUCCUAUUAUGGUUUGUGCUUCUUGUAUCUGGUUCAAGACUCUUUCUCUACCAGGAGGUCAUAAAGAUGUUCUUCUGUAUUAGCAUAUGAAAGCCUUUCCCAUUUAGACCUAAUUGAUUUUGUCCUAAUGAACGUUUUAAUGUCUAUAUAUUUGCCGCUCGCACUCACUCACGCUCGCUCGCUCGCGCCCUCUCUCUCUCUCUCUCUCUCUCUCUCUCUCUCUCUCUCUCGUGUGUGUGUGUGUGUGUGUGUGUGUGUGUCUAAGAGACACAGAGAAACAUGAUUAGAUAAGAUGCUGUGUGGAGAGUGGAGAACAGGGAGCAUUGGAGACAGGGGGCACUUGCUCUAGUCUGGGAGGGACAUCAUGGUGGCUUUGACUUGAAUAGUGAGGGUGGCAACAGUGAGAAAUGGGUGUGUUCAGUGGAUAUUUAGGAGGGAAAUGAAUGUGACUUGGGGAUGAGUUAAAUAUGGAGGAGGGGCUGAGGACGACCCCUAGUGACGCUUUUUCUGCUGCUUCGCCUGCUGCCUUCACUUUCUCUCUCUUAUUUCUCUAUUUCCUUGCUUCUCUGUUCAGUUUCUACUUCCUUCUCCCUUCUCCUGACUCAGCUUCCCCUCUGGGCUUCCUUUGGCGUCACUGCUGUUGCAGAUGGCUGACUCUGCACACAGAGCCAUAGCAGUUUUCCCAAGAGAGUCUGACUGAGCCGGGUAUUCACCAUGAUUCCUGCUUGCGUAGGACUGCCACAGCCCGGCCUCUCACACACUGUGGCUCUGCACACAUGGUGGCUGCCUGGGUGGCCCCUUCAUCAUGGCCUGGGGCCGCUGUGAUGGGAUCCCGGAAUUGGGAGCAGAGCCUCUCUUGAUGGAUGCGUCCUAAGGGUAGCUCUCUCUGUGGUGGCUUUAAGGAAGACAGCUCCCCUCAGAAGGAGGCUGUGAGCAGCUGGGACGUGGUGUAUUCUGUGAAUACAGAGGAGCAUUAGAAAGAGAAGAUACAUUGAAGAGAACAGAUUUUUUUUUUUGCUGAACCCCAUUUUUCUUUCAUAAUGUCUAAAUUAUGAACUUGCUUUCUAAAACACAUAUUUAUAAUAGAAAUUUCUCAUGACUCUUAAAGCAACUGAAGAUAGCAAAUGUAACAUUUGAAGGUGGUCUCCAACACAGUUUCAUUAUUAAUAGUAUACCAUUCAAAGCUUUGACUCUGAGAUUUUUUUUCAUGCAUAAGCCAUAAAUUUGAAUUGACAGUCCUAUUAAUGAUGGAAUGCAGUUAUGUAUGUUUAUGGUAAAAGAACCAACUGGAUAUUUUUUGAAGCUCAUUAUAGGCAAAGUGUAUUGAAACAGUAGUCAUAGAGAAUGAAAACAGGCCUUGAUGUCACGUUCAGUAAAACAUGUCAGAGGUGAGGUUUCAGAAAGUGCUUCAGUGAAAUACGAGGGGAAGGUGUGGAGUUGCAAGGGGUUUCAUUUAGACACAAAGCUCGUGUAUUAAUAUUUUCAUUGAUUUAUUUUCAUGCCAAUAUGUUCUGACAUAAAUAUGGUGAUCUAUAAUGCAUCGGCCAUAAAAGUCAACAUUAUUUUUAAAGCUGACUCAGGGAAAUAAAACCUCAUUGUUAGUGCUAUAUAUACGGUAUAUUACUGUGUAGAAAAUUAACCUCUCCUGUCCUGCUCCCAAGGAAGCUAAAUAAGAGGGAUGCAUUUUAAUAGCCACUGACCCUUGUUGCAUGCUUCCUGGCUAAUCUCCAGUGUGCAGUGGGACUGGCCCACAGUGUGAUGUACAGAGCAAUGCAUAGUCAUUGUUCCAGGAUAGAUUCUGCCCAGAAUGAAAGCAAAUCAGCGAACAUCUCCACAUUUUAGAGGAUCAAAAUGCCUGUGAGACUCUCCUGAUAGCUGUUGUGGAGACAUAAUUUAUGUCUUUCAUAUGAGAGCAACAGUGAGACUAGGAGCAGUGUGGAGGCCCUAAAACAGAGAGGACACGUGGGGACGGUGUCAGCUGUGGAUGGUCACAGAGAAGAGACUUGGUCUGGAAUGCCAGAGGCAGGGAGCACACCCCAGGGCUCUGCCCAGGCCAAUCACAACAGUGAUGUGGCCUUCAGUGAAAUGACUCUAUGAAAUGAAAGGCAAGCCAAGGAGAACUUAACUUAGCAAUGUAGGAGAGAAUGCUAAUGACACUUGUGCAGAUUUGGAUGACUUCUUCCACUAAGUUUCAGAACAGAACAAGUUUGCUGAAAAUAACAAAAUACUGAGAAUUUUAGAGCUAGAGGGGUAAUCAUUUGAUAGAUAAGGAAUCUGUUAAACCCCAAGGGAUUAAGUCGGCGGUUUGUCCAAGGAGAUACAGCUGGUUAGUGGCUGAGCUGUUUCUGAAGUCCAGAUCUCCCAAUUCUCUGUCCAGGGCUCUUUUUGCUCCAUUUAAUCAAUUAGGAGCCAUGAAUGAUAAUACACAUACUUGGAGGAUAUUCUACAGAACUACCUGAAUCUGGUUUCCAACCCACCACUGCUUUGAAGCUGAUCUCACCAAGGCUCCUGAUGGCCCCCACAUUGCCAGAUUCUCUGGGUACUUUACUGACACAGUUUAAACCUCUCAUCAGAAUAUGCUGCAGUCUCGCUCCCUGUGUCACCCACCUUGGCUUGAGCUCUCCUGCUGGAUCUCCCUGGGGCCCAGCUCCACACCUGCUUCCUUUCCACGACUGUGCUUGUUCUCAAGGUGAUUUCAUCCGGCCCACCGGGAAAGGAGAAGCUGGACAAGACCAAGGCAUAACCUCCCAAGAUGGAAGAUUCGGCACCAUCAGUUACUGGAAAAGAGAACAUACAGUGGGCUGUGAAGAUUGCAUUGAAGGUGUUUCUGCUCAGAUGGGAUUGCUCUGCCAACAUGAUGGAUGUGUGGGGCUGCGUCUCAGACACACCUGUGCUCAGCUGUACUGGCACUUUCCUCCCUCCAGCCUGUCCUGUUGCUAUCCCAUGGGCUGAGGACACAGUCAUGCAGGUGUCUGUGCAGCUGACCAUGGAUGGCACAAGCAGGCAUUAUUCUGGUGUCUGGUCUGGGCUCAUUACAGAGACUUAUUACUUGGUCUUUGGGAGUUAAGACACACACACACACACAC